CGCAAACUUAAAGUAUUUUGAGGAAUAUCGUAUCAUACGUAAUUUUUAAUUCUCUGUAAAUUAUAGCUAGCAAAGGUUGUUAGGAAAAGGGACGAGAGCACCUCACUCUCUAAGUUUUGAGAUAAUAGAUAUUCAGAUUGCGUAUUCUUUUGAGAGGGCUCAAAAUGCAUUGGAAUACCCACCAACCUAUUGCUAACUACAUUAAUGUUCCAAUCAUACCAAAAAAAAAAAAAAAAAUCAAAAGCAACGAGAUCAAGCUCUGGGUCUGCCCAUUCUUCCCGAAUCCUUCUUUGGAAAAGCGAGGAAUAAAGGCAACAAUUAAACAUGGAGUGACCCCAUUUACCACAUAAGUUUGUGGUUGAGUAUACCAAUGCAAGAUUUCUUCUUACGCAAAUCCCAAUAUUCAAUCCAUAUUUUGUCUUUCUUAAUUGCUGCUACACUGCAAUUUGGACCAAAAAUCCUGUUAGCAGAGCCAACAUUUUGGCAGAUUUUCCUUUCCUUUUUCUUUUUCUUUUUCUUUUCUUCUUUCAUAUUUACCAUAUCAUUCAUAAUUUCAUUUUCUUGGGUCUCAUGAGCUAAUAAAGUGUCAAGAACCUGUUAAAAUGGCUGCUAGCCUGCACUUGCACCAAAAUCCAAGGUAGUGUCCACAAAGAUUUUUUUGCUUUUCUUCUUCCACUUCGAUUCACAUUCAUAUUAUUGCUCAGCUUGUCUGCUGAUUUAGUGACAACAAAAAUUAAAACAUACCCUUUUAAGUGUAUAUAUAAGCAGUGCUUUUUCCAUAAGCCUUUGCUUGUGUAUAUCCAAAGAGUCCGAAUUCUCAAUCUCUCAUAACAAAGCAAAGGAAAGUGCCCCUUGUCCGCGGUAAAGAACACAUAAUAUCUUUAUUAAAGAGAGUCCUUCCCUUCAGUGAAUUUCAAAAGCUACAUACGCAUUCACUUUGAAAACAACCCGAUUAUAUAUUAAUUUGUGCAUAACCUCAUUUCAGGGCAAUUUCUUGCUUGUGACCUGAGUCCACCUUAGUCUUUCCCUUGGUCUGCACUCCAAGAACAUCACCUGCAAGCUCAUAUACUAAACCCAAACCGCAAACUCAUUCAUCUUUUCUCCCACACCUACCAAAACAAAAGAAAAAGAAAAUGUCCAUACAACCACAACAACAGCCUGUUGUCGUUUACCCCAACACCGUUACUGGGCAGCCACCACCGGCUUUCCACUCUCACUCAAAUGGAUCAUUUGGGACUGUUUUUAUAGUUCUUGCCAUGAUUAGUGUUAUAUCAGCUAUUGCUUGUUGCCUUGGCAGGCUCUGCAACAAGCGUACUCAAGGCAACACACACAGUAAACCCAGUAAGCAGAGCCAGCCAAACCCUAAUGUUCGCCCCAAAGAAAGGGGAAAGGAGAGGGAGAGGGGAAGAGAAAGAGAAGGAGACCUUGAGUUUGGGUUUGAGAAGGGAUUCCCAAAAGGUAGGCCAGGUGGAAAUGGAGAUGGUAGAGGACACAAACCAUCUGAAAAUGGUCAUAUGAAAGCUGCAAGUUACACUGUUGAUGCUGGCCAUCUAAAGCCUGGUCCAUAAUUAUAGAUCAUUAUGAUGGGUUAUUUUCUUCAUGUAUGUUACUUUAAUCUCUGUUGGUUGCCAUUUCUAUCAAAAUCCUUUUUUUUUUCUUUCGCUUUUCGCUCUUAUAUAUUUUUCUAGUUUCAACUACAGCUUGAAAUGUGUAAUUACUGAGAUUUGAUCAAUUACAG